GAGUCUUCUCUAUAAGGUCGCAGUCUACAUUGAAAAAUAGUUAUAUAUGGGAUAGAAACGAUCAUUCGAUAAAUUAUAACAGAAUUAGAAUUGUUCGACUGUUCGUACUGACCUGGGCUGCAGCAGAGAUUCAACAAUGAAUGGCCUAGUGGUAUUUUACAGUUCUUGUGUUUGUGUGAGUAUUUUAUGUGGAAGUGUUUUUUCGAGAGAGAAUUUAACAGGAUUCGAUUAUGACGAAGCUAGACUUCUUCGUGACAUACUUGGUGGCUAUAACAAGAAYCUACGCCCAGUUAUCAAGAAAGAACAUAAUGUGACAGUCAAGUUGGGUCUAACACUGAACCAGAUUAUUGAUGUGAUUGAGAAAUAUGAGAUUCUGAAGCUAAGUCUUUACAUCAGACAGAUUUGGGAGAAUCCAUUGCUGUCUUGGAAUGUAAGUGAAUAUGGAAAUAUCACACAAGUUAACCUGGAUCCGUCUGAAUUAUGGAAGCCAGACAUAUAUCUUUACAACAAUGCAGAUAGUGGUGCUACUGGGGCUUUAGAUGAAUUCAAAGCAAAGAUCACCGUUGKAAAUACUGGACGCAAUGCGUGGCUGGCCCCCACUAUAUUGAUAACCUCGUGRAAAAUCAACGUGAAGUACUUUCCAUUUGACCAACAGGCCUGRAUCUUGAAGUUUGGCUCCUGGACCUAUGACGCAGUAUCUGUAGAUAUUGAUGUCCAGUUUCCCUCGGCCGAUACUAAGGGAUAUAUAGCCAAUGGYGAGUGGGAUCUAGUUGGAUUCCCUUGUAAAAGAAAAGUGGAAAAAUACGUGUGUUGUCCUAAUCCUUUCACUGAUGUUACAUGUACACUGCACAUAKGAAGAAGGACGAUGUACUACUGGGUUAACCUUGUAGUACCCUGUCUACUGAUCACAGUAUUGUCUCUGCUGUCAUUCAUCGUGAGUACUGAGUCAGGGGAGCGAAUAUCUUUGGUUAUAACCAACCUGCUGGCUUUGACKGUCUUUAUGUUGAUUGUUGCUGAUAUUCUGCCUCCYACGUCUGAGGUUGUGCCUUUGAUCAGCGCCUUCAUUACUUGUUCAAUCAUCGAGGUUGGUCUGGCUUUGGUUGCUACAUGUGUUGUACUGAUGUGCUACCACACUAACCCUGAAAUCAACGAGAUGCCUUUUUGGAUGCGUUACUACAUCAUAGAGCGUCUUGGAAAACUCUUAGGUAUAACAGCKCUAAAACCAAGAGAAAAUACCCCAAAUAACGAGACAGCAGGACCUUCACCUGUUUCUACAGACCAGCUAAGAAGUUUUAUAAUGGGUAAACGACUUGGUCAACGUACUGAAUCCAAUGUUUCAGCCUUUGUGAACAGGAAGACUUCAGUUGCAAGCUGUAAGAUCUGUGAGUCAAGGACUGCAGCUACAAAGUCUUUAGCCGGCUCAUCACAUCCAGGAAGCAUGUUCGUGUCUCCGAGUACCAUCUUUGGAGACGAUGAAAGUGUGUAUACUGUCGAUGUACAGAUGGAUAACUCGUUAGAGCGCAAUAUCAGACAACCUAAAGGCUGUGCAUCAKGAGAUAAAUACAUGGCAUUGUUAGGAGCAAUCAUCCAUCGUCAAGAUCACUUGGUUGAAGGUUUGAGGAAACUUGGUGACAAUCAAGAUGAAAUAGACAAGCAYGAGGCGGAUCGUUUUGAGUGGAUUCUUGCUGCGCAUAUCAUUGAUCGGUUCUUUUUGUUGUGUUUUGUGGCGACGCUGUUUAUCUCCAUAUUGAUGAUAUUUGCUAUGGUUCCUCAUCACCCCAGCAUUGAUGAAAUACUGAAUUCUUCAAAAUGAACUUUGUGCAUGAGAGAUACUUACCGCGGAAAACGUCUAAAACAUGGCCAUCUUACUGACUGAUUGUGAGGUAUUUGUAAGAAUGUAGAAGGACUGGUUGUAUUUCAUACCGGAACCUCGAGACCUAUUUAUCAAUGUGCGUCUAAAUAGAUGGCCAUCUUACUGACUGAUCAUUGAGGUGUUUGUAAGAAUGUAGAAGGACCGGUUGUAUUUUAUACCGGAACCUUGAGACUAUUUGUCAAUGUGCGUCUAAGAUACGAGUAUGCAUUACAUUUGACAUGUGACUAGAUGCGACAUAUAAAAUCAACUGCCGCGUUGCAUCUUGGACUGUUUCAGUGGCAGAUUCGACUGAAAAUCAGAAAAGCAAAAACAGAAGUGAAAAUCUUUUUUGUGCUUAAGCUGAUAGUGAUUAUCUAUGUAAACUAAUUUACAGUGCUGCUGGUUUGACAAUUCAUGAGCUAGUGUCCAAGGAGGCGAUCAUUAUAGGACUCUCAACGAACUGARCGGCCAUUGAGUCUGUUGCGCAACCAAAUAUUUGCUAAUAUUGCUAACUUCUUUGUAAAAUAUAUACUAACUGUUCUCAA